GAGUUGAAAAUAAAAAUCACAAUCAUCGUCACGCCUUCCUCUGGCAAAUGCCACUUGUGAUUGGCCCACGAUGAGGAAAUGCCACUGCGACCAAUCACAGACGCGUACGCACCGACGAGCCUGUAUCAACAUGGCAGCACUCUGAGUUUUGCAGGAAGCAACCUGGUGUAAAUAAAGCGUAGUUUGACGUUUUACCAGCAGCGACAGCGUCCGGGCGCCUUUCCUGAGGACUAAUCGGACCCGAAGGGUAAAAUGUCUAGUGACGGAAACAAAAAACAAUUCUGGAAAAGAAACGCGGCGAAGGUUCCCGGCAGUUUAAUUAAAGCUGGCCCGCGGCCGUCUCCUGCCACGCCGGGCAAGCCCAAGAAGGCCACCACGUUCCAGGAGUUUGAGAGCAUCACGAGCGAUGCCUGGGACGUCGGGGAUGACGACGACGAGCUACUGGCCAUGGCCGCGCAGAACCUCAACAUCGAGGUCGUUAUGGAGACUGCCAAUAAGGUGAUUGAGAAUCACAGCAAGUUGCAGGAGAGGCAAAAGCUGGAUGAUCCAACGGAAUCGCCCCAGAGGCACCCCGACGCGCCAGAUGAGGAGGAGGAGGCGGUGGACGACGACGACGAGGAAGACGAGGAGGCAGAUUUGACCAGUCCGGAGGUUUCAUUCUCAUUCCAAGAGAGCCUGGACACUGAAGGUCGCCUGGUGAAAUCCCACAGCGAAGCUCCCAUUGGAUCUCCGAAAGAUGCAGCGGGUGAGCACGCGGCCCUCUACAGACAGCGCUCGCUGCCCCACCGGCCGGUCAUCCCACUUGUGGCGCGCAUGGCCGACCAGAACACGUCGGGCACUCUAGCCAUGACGGAGAGGGAAGCGUCACGUCUGGAUAAAUUCAAGCAGUUGUUGGCUGGCCCCAAUACAGAUCUUGGUAAGAACCAUUCAGAUUUCCUGUUUUUUUUUGGGGGGGGGGGGGGGGGGGGAGCAGUUAUGCUUUGACCUUCUCAUUCACGAAUUUCCAUUCCUUUGCACCCGUUUGGCUCUCAGCUGUAGUCGUUCCCGCUCACUUAUUCUGCCAGCUGUGCUGCACUUUUAACAAUGUAAAGCGACAAGGAGCGGGGCAGGGGGGGUUGUCACAUAACCGUCUGGAGCCACAGAUUAGGAUGAGACCGAAAACACCCGCAUCUCCGACGCCAAAUGACGGCACUUUUGUUCUUGAUACCACUGUAUAAACGGUAUGCAAUAGCUUUAUGAAUAUUUUUUGUUUGCUUGUAGCACAAAGCAGCCCUAUUGUUGAGAUUGUCGUACUCCUUCAAGCCCUCACCAAAUCUCCCUUCAAAGCCUCUUUCAUCAUGUGUCCUUUGUGUCAUGCCUUGAGCGCUUUCUGCGCGGCGCCUGGAGAGCCCUCGAGAAAAAAAAAAAGAAAAAAAAAGGGGGGGAGAGCAUGGAGGGAAUUAGCGCUGAGCAACUAAUGAGUCACGGGCUUAUGCCGAACACGCAAAGUGUCGGGAAUGGUUUGAUGCAGAAAUGCCCUGAUGUAUCUCAACUGUGACAAACGGGGCUUAGCGCUGUCAUGACAUGGCCAAGAAUGGGACAGUUUCAACAUGUAUGAUUAAAAAAAAAAAAAAAAAAAGAUAAAAAAAAAUUAAUAAGAUUGUCGGGUGGCCCGGUAGUCCAGUGGUUAGCACGUCGGCUUCACAGUGCAGAGGUACCGGGUUCGAUUCCAGCUCCGGCCUCCCUGUGUGGAGUUUGCAUGUUCUCCCCGGGCCUGCGUGGGUUUUCUCCGGGUGCUCCGGUUUCCUCCCACAUUCCGAAAGCAUGCAAACUUGCAACAAUGAGGCACUCUAAAGCAGCCACCCCUACCUAAAGCCCCUGUACCGGGUUCAAUUCCAGCUGCGGCCUCCCUGUGUGGAGUUUGCAUGUUCUCCCCGGGCCUGCGUGGGUUUUCUCCGGGUGCUCCGGUUUCCUCCCACAUUCCAAAAAUAUGCAUGGCAGGCUGAUUGAACACUCGAAAUUGUCCUUAGGUGUGAGUGUGAGCGUGGAUGGUUGUUCGUCUAUGUGUGCCCUGCGAUUGGCUGGCAACCGAUUCAGGGUGUCCCCCGCCUACUGCCCGGAGACAGCUGGGAUGGGCUCCAGCACCCC